GGUCCAUGGGAUGUGGAGCAGGCUCGCUCAACAAAACCUGAUAGUUUAAGAGCUUUAUUUGGUACAGACGGUUGGCGAAAUGCUGUUGAUGGUAGUGAUAGUUUAGAUUCAGCACAACGUGAUAUUACUCUACUAUUUCCAAAUCUUAUACAAAAACCAAAAUCUCCAAUUAUAAAACCGAUGGAAAGAACUGUAGUGAUCAUUAGACCAAAAGCGUUAACCGUACAUAAAGAUGCAAUUAUAAAACGCAUCCAAGAAUCUGGAUUUGAAAUUAUAAAACAAGCAGAAAUUCAACUUACACCACAGCAAGCAGAAGAAUUUUAUAGUUCACAUCGACAGAAACCUUAUUUUCAAGAUUUAGUACAAGAAAUGUCCAGCGGACCUCUGCUUGCAUUGUACUUGUCGAAAAAAGAUGCCGUAAAAGGAUUGAGAACGUUGCUUGGACCGACUGAAAAAGAUAAAAUUAAAGAAGCAGUCGGAACAUUACGACACGAAUUUGAUAUAGUUGAUUGUAAAGUCAAUUCUUUACAUGGUCCACGAAGAAAAAGUGAAGCACAAAGACAUUUACAAUACUUUUUUCCUGAAGAUCGAGUAUUGGCCAUAAUUAAACCAAAUCUUUCGGAACAACAAAUAGCUGAAAUCGAAGAACAA